CGAGUAGAAAAGAAAGAAUUAGCGGAUGGAACUAUUACCGAUUUUAUAACUUACUAUCGGCAAUAUCAUAAAGGAUUAGAAAGAGGCGACCGAGUUUUAAUAUUUAGUUUUUCCCAGUUUGAUGAAUGA